ACAGAUUUGGGUAAACUCUUUCUGAACAAUUCUAUGAUGUUUUCAUUCCAAACAUCCCUGAAAUUAUAUUUAAAAAUAGCAUUCAUUUUUUCUAAGAGGUUAAAAAACAGGCAUUGAAAGUGGUGUAGUUUAUGGUGUUGUUUGCUCGACUACUGAAAAUGUUGGUUCUGUUAUUGCGUUGUUACUCAUUACCUGGCAACCUCGAAAGAGAGCGUCGUAGCCCGUUACUUAUUUCGUGUCACAGUUUCUGUGUACUUUCUUGAGGCAUUCUAAACUUAAUGUCUGUAACUGUAUGCGUCUGUAAUUGCAAACAUGGGAUCGUGUAUUUUUAGCAUCUUGUUUUUUGUCUUCGGAUAUUUGACAGUAGAAUGUAAGGUUAAAUUGGUCACAGUGUUAUACCGCCAUGGAGACCGUUCUCCUGUCGAAGCCUUUCCAACAGACCCAUACCAGGAGAGUGCAUGGCCACAGGGUUUUGGACAGCUUUCUCAGGAAGGUAUGCAGCAGCAAUUUGAACUGGGCCAGUUUCUGAGAAAACGCUACACAGGUUUCCUGAGCGAAAACUAUAUGCGUUCUGAGAUUGUUGUACGGAGCACAGAUCAUGAUCGCACUCUGAUGAGUGCCGCCUCAAAUCUUGCCGGUCUUUACCCACCCAAUGGCUCACAGGUGUUUCAUCCAGGUUUGGCCUGGCAGCCUAUACCAAUACACACAGUCCCCCAACACGAGGAUGCGCUGCUGUCAUUUCCUAUUCCAAACUGCCCAAGCUACCAAGUGCUCAUGAAUGAAACAAAAACAACAGAAAUUUACCUAAAUAUGACCAAGACUUACAAAGAUUUCCUGGAGAUGGUACGGAAUAAAACUGGGCUGAACACAACGUCCAUUGAGAUGAUAUGGAGUAUCUAUGACACACUAUACUGUGAGAGGAAGCAUGGCCUGCGCCCUCCAGCCUGGGUGACUCCAGAUGUGAUGAAGACACUGGAGUUGCUGAAAAACUUUAGUUACCAGAUCUUGUUUGGUGUCUAUAAAAGAGAGAAGAAAUGCCGGCUACAAGGAGGUGUCUUGCUGGGUCAGGUUAUUAAGAACCUCUAUGCUGCUACCUGUUUAAAUUUAAAUCAGCAGCUGAAGAUGAUCAUGUAUUCUGCGCAUGACACAACCAUUGUAGCACUUCAGGAGGCACUUAAUGUGUAUAAUGGAUUACAGCCACCGUAUGCUUCCUGCCACAUAAUUGAACUGCAUCAGGAUCAGAAUGGAUCAUACUCUGUGGCAAUGUUUUAUCGUAAUGAUAGCACUGCAACUGAGCCAUACUCUUUAACUUUACCUGGUUGUGCAAAGCUGUGCCCUCUGAAAUACUUCAUUAGACUCACAAAAUCAGUCAUUCCAAGUCAUUGGCGCAAAGAGUGUGUUGUAAAAUCCUGUCAGGCACAGGAUAGAGUUGGAAGAUUCUUAACAACAAUCCAUUUUCCAUCCAUUAAUACCCUGAGAUACACGGAUUAUCCAUUCCAGGACCGAGAUCAUGACUCGAGGUGCUUCUAUCUCAAAUCAUUUUGUCGUCCAAUAAGAUGUGACAGAAAAAUUAAUAAUCCGUUCUGGCCCUCUAAUACACUCCCUUAUUGGUGCUAAUAGCAAUGGAAAAAACAUGUUUUUAAUUGCUAUAGAGACAUACACAAAUGAUGCUUCAAAUCAUCAUAGAUUAAACUGGCCUUCUCACAGAUGAUCGUCUCGGUAAUGGUAUCUGCUUCCCCUUUAUCCACAACAACAGAAGCCUCUCCAUCUCAUCAUUUAUAUUUGAACGUAACUUCGAUAUAAUCGUCACGCCCUUGGAAGGAUUUACGUUCUUGAUAGCAUCCUUCUGCUUUAGGAUGGUACAUAUUGUGGAUUUACUGUGAUCAUACAUGCAUGCUAGAUCACUCCCGCGGGCACCACGCUCAUAUUUAUCGACAAUUUCAUGCUUUAUUUUCAUGGUCAUCAUGCGUUUCCUCUUCUCACUACCAUCUUUACCACUCACUUUCUUAAGACUUUACAGGAAUAGAUAGUACAAUGAGAAGGAAAAAUAGGAAAAGAAAGGAGAGACAUAAGGCAAAUAGAGAAAGGAAAAUCAAUGUAAAAAUACAAAAGGUUGAUGAGUUGGUUAAAGAGUUGACUUAAAUAUGAGUGACUAAAAGAAGACAACGAGGGAUCAGACGCUGUACCUAGACAGCUGGAAGAAGAUUCCAAAAGAAAGGAAGAUUAUAAUGCGUAAAGUUUUAUUUUCAGAAGUUCAGGAGAACUCUGAAUCGCUUUCCUUUUUCUUAUAUUAUUGUAUUCUCCUAUAAAAGAAUUGAUAAGAUUAAUAUUGCUUAUUUUGACUGUAAACUUAGAUGAUUGUUUCUCACAGAGAAAUCUUAAAAGCCCACUGUGACAUUUACUCACAUCAAGAUUUGCUUAUGCCGAAUUAUAGCAUUCACGGGUGAAAUAUGCAAAUGAAGUGUUUCAACUCUCGCUGUCGCAGAUUCGAAGGCGAGAGAAGGUUUCAGUCGUAUGUAACCACAGCUUUUCAGCUCCAGGGAGUUAACUGCAACCAUACAGUAUAACCAUAUAUAGAAUUGUUAACCUUUAAAGAUGAAGAACAAACAUCUUAGAGUAGCACUCUGAGGGUCGCAGAUGAGAAAUGUUUGGAGGAUGAAAUUUGAUGUUGGAUGUCGAAAAAGCCGAAAGGGGCCAAACUCUAUAGCGAAUUCCAACUGUCGAAUUCCAACUGUUCAAAUAAUCAAACAGUAUUAGAAUAAGUAAAA